GUGUAAUGACACAUUUUUUAUGUGGAUUAUUUGUAGCGGGGUUGUCAUAACAACCAGUUUUAUAAGCGGCAUGUUGUUCGAUGUUGUGAUUAGAAGUUUAAUGUGUCAGAAUGAUGGCGGACAUUUUCCGUAAGGCCAGCCGUGGCUUCUCACCGUGUCUGCGUCGCUUUUCUGAUUUCAGAGUAACCAAACAAUCGCUUGAGAGUCCUUCCACUCCUCUCAGUGAACAGGCGUCUCUAUAUGUGCAUUGGCCUUAUUGUCUCAGACGAUGCACCUACUGCAAUUUUAACAAAUACAUACCAAAGGGAAACAACGAAGAAAUCAUGGCAAAGUGUCUGCAGAUGGAAACGGAGACUUUGCUGCAGCUCAGUCAAGUGUCCUGCAUCACGUCUGUAUUUUUUGGGGGAGGAACGCCAAGCCUUGCUCACCCUUCAACCAUCGCUAAGAUCCUUGAAACAGUUUCCAAGAAGGUGACUCUCUCAGAUGAAGCUGAAGUCACACUAGAAGUCAACCCUACCCCCGUGGGCAGGGCAAAGUUAAAAGACUUCCACCAUGCUGGGGUGAACCGUUUCUCCAUUGGAGUCCAGUCUUUGCAGGACAAUGACUUAAAAAGUCUGGGAAGAGAUCACAGCUCCCUGGAGGCUUUACAGACUCUGGAAGAGGCAAAGAGGCUGUGUCCAAGUUCGGUGUCGGUGGAUAUUAUGUUUGGACGUCCCGAGCAGACAGUUGAAUCAUGGAGCAGCGAGUUGUCUGACAUGCUGAGGGUCUGUGACGACCACGUGUCUCUGUACCAGCUGACCCUUGAGAGAGGCACUCAGCUAUUUAAACAGGUGCAUGGUGGACAGAUACACAUGCCCACAGAGGACACGACGGCGGAGAUGUACCAGGCAGCUAGAGAGACUCUUCAGCAGCAUGGCUUUCAGCAGUAUGAGGUGUCUAACUUUGCAAGAAAUAAUUCAGAGAGUCGUCACAACCUGAGCUAUUGGAAGGGAGAACAGUACAUCGGCGUUGGCCCAGGAGCACACGGACGGUUUGUCCCCCUGGGGGAGGGAGGUGUUGCACGUGAAGCCCGGACUCAGACCCUGGAGCCUGACGUGUGGAUCCGUGAAGUCCAGCAGAGGGGGCAUGGGACACGGAGGCGGAUCCAGCUGGGCCAUCUUGAACUAUUGGAGGAGGUGUUGGUGAUGGGGAUGAGAAUGACCAAGGGCAUUAAUCACAAGAACUGGGAGCUGUUCAGCCCUGAAUUAAGUCUUCAUGAAAUCUUUGGUGCAUCUCUCAAUUUCCAAGAGCUUCAGCAGAGUGGACAGCUGAUUCUCGAUGAUAGGGGUUUGCGAUGUUCCUGGAAAGGUCUGGCCCUACUGGACAGCAUACUUCCCAUCUUGCUGGUGGAACUUGACAGGCAGAUUUUUCCCAAAAGUGCCAGCUAACUGAGAAUGAAGUUUUUUUUUAUUUGUUUUAUCAUAACUGAGAAAAA